UUUACCCCUGGUCACCACCGGGAUCUUUGUGCCACUUGGUAUCUCGAUGCCAGAUCAUUGGUGCUGUGGUCCCCAAACACGUCCGGGUAACAAAAUAUUUUUUCUGAUAUUUUUAAGGCAGAUUUUAUUUAGAGGCGGCGCUUACAGAGUACAGCGUCGUACAGCGACACUUUUUCUACCCCAGUAAGAGUGUUUGGCCAAGAACACAGUUGGAGCUGGGGGGUCGAGUGGAUUUGGGGGGUGAUUGCUGCUUUUUUUGCUGGGUUUCUUCUCUUUUUAUUUCUUCCUUUUUAUUAUUUUUUUUCCUGCUGGAUUUUCCAAUUUGGUUACCAUUUCAGAAUUUUCUUUUGGAUCAUGAACAAACUAUACAUCGGGAACCUGAGCCCUUCAGUGACUGCCGAGGACCUGAAGACGCUCUUCGGGGAGAGGAAGCUCCCUCUAGCCGGUCAGGUCCUGCUCAAGUCCGGUUAUGCUUUUGUGGAUUUCCCCGACCAAAACUGGGCCAUUAAAGCAAUUGAGUCUUUAUCUGGCAAAGUCGAAUUACACGGAAAGGUGAUUGAGGUAGACUACUCUGUCCCGAAGAAGCUAAGGUAUGGUGCUAUUGGGUGUUGUUAUUAAACAUAUCGCCAAAAAAACAAAACAAAACUACACAACAUACUUUAAAUGGCUACUAAGAAUUAUUACUGACAGAGAGAGAGGGAGAGGGAGAGGGAGAGGGGGGGUGUGUGCAGAUGUUUUUUGUUGGUCUGAUAUAUAAUUAUUAAAUUAUGUAACCCAGCUUUUGUUUACCUAGGUUGUAUUCCCUUAAUAAUUAUUGCACGUUUUGAAGACAUUGUGUGUCUCGUUUUAGAACCCUUUUCAUAUACACACUUUGUAUUCUUAAACGGUUGAGAUUGAAAAAAGGAAAUCAUUCUUAAAACGAAAAUAGCUCAAUGAAAUGCUUCCUGUUGUGUAUAACAUGUGAUUAUGCAUCAUUGUUUGACGUCUGUUAAAAUCAAUUAUAAUGUAUAUUAACUUGUUUUAACAAAAGUAAUCCAAAACAAAAUAUUCUUAUUUUUCAAAAUAAUGAUUACAUUUUAUUUCUAGUACGUAUCGAUCAUCUCGCUAGGUUAAUACCAGUGCUAUUCUGCGAACUGCCUGGAAACAUUACGAACAAGUGGACGGCUUCCACUGUACUUUUCAUUGAUUUGGAUAGGGAGAUUUACGUUAAAUACAGUAUACGAUAUAUCUCUGAUAUGAUCCGGUUUCAAAUAUUUAUGUAAGGACUGCAUAUAUA